ACCAGAAUUCAAACCUGCCCGAAAUUACCAUAUCAAUUAAAAAAUACAAGACUGAUUCACCACAUGGAACUUGAAAACGCGCGUGUAAAUAAAGUGACCAUACGGAAUUUAGAAAAAUCAUGAUAUGUUUUAUUUCACACUUUACUAUUAAAUUCAAGGUCUGGUCAAUUUCGCGUGACUCUGAAUAAGACUCACUCUCACCUCUUUACUCAAUUUGUGACCCGGGCGAAGUGAACAUGUUUCUGCCAGUUAUAUUUUUGCCGUUUAAGUUUUAAUUCAUCAACACGCUUGCUAGUUAAUCAUUGCUUUCCAAUUCUGACUUUUUUUUAAACUAAUUUUGUUAGCGCAGUUGAAUGGGCACCUAAUUAACAUGCAUAUUGCUGUCCGGGUCACAGGCGAUUUUCACUUGGAAACCGUUUAAAAUCUCAGAUGGAAGUGGGAACGAAUGAACGUUAAGGGGAAAAUGGAAGUGUCAAGAAGAAGGAUCUACAACAAGCACCUCCAACCAGCAAGGCCAUUGCGUCGCUUGAAUAUUGAUCCUGAACCUCAGAGAAAUGUUGAAAUUGAGACGUAUGCAUGCUCACACACAGAGGACAAGCCAAUAAAUAACAUUGGAGUGGAUCAGCUUUAUGAAAUUAUUCAUCUUCAUAGCCAAAGUCACCAAAAAUCCAAGAAAGAAAGAAUAUCCUACAGCAGAGAAUUUCUGAUCAAGUUGGCCAGCUCCCCAAUUGCCAAAAGAAGGCCUGAUUUCUUACCUGAACACCCAGUUGUUCUGGAGAAGCCGAGAGACCAUGAUGGAUCAAGACUAUAUGUCUGACAUGUCCUGAAUCAAGAUGACUUAACCGAGAACCUGGAAUUCAGCAUAGCUCAAGAUUUAUGUGUAAUAAUGGCACCAGGUCCUGGCCGCCUUGUUCACAUGACAGCUUGCAUAUAUGGAGCAAUACGCAAAAUAUUCUGCUUCUGUACGGCAAUGUAGGUCAAAAGUUUUAUAAAGGAGAAAUUACUCAUUUCUGUUUGUCUGAUGUCUCCUGUGUGUAGUUCUAUAUUUGUAUAUUACUAAGUGGAAAAUAAGUUGUCCAUUUAACUUAUUGUAGAUUAGCACAUUUUCCCUUUUUUUUGCAGAAAUUGGUUUAAAGUAAACACUAUUGUUUUGUAUUAUUGUAUUUCUAGCUUGAAGUAGUCUCCAAGUAGUACAGUAGCAUUGUUUUAAACAUGACCUUUUGCUUUUCCAUAUUUGUGUGUUUUGAAAACAAAUCAUAAAUCUUGUCUGGAAUUCAACACCGAAAA